AUGACCGAUACGGUCAUCAUGGAAGUACGGCAUUACGUAUGUGGGGCACUAGAGAAUCGGAAUCGAUCAUUUGUGGAAGAAAAACAGAAGAAUCCUUUGCCUUUUGUGACAUUGACCUAUGCGCAAAGCAUUGAUGGGUCAAUAACGGCCGAGAAAGGAAAACCGACACUGUUGAGCGGUCCUGCGUCAUUAAAGAUGACGCACACGUUGCGUACGCUUCACGAUGGAAUACUGGUCGGUAUAGGGACUGUAAUUGCAGACAAUCCAUCGCUAAAUACUCGGCUGGCGGAAGGCCGUAGUCCACGACCGAUUAUCAUUGAUACACAUUUGCGUUGCCCUACGACCAUCAAAUUGUUUACGUUGCCGACGUGCGAGAAACCAGUCAUUCUUUAUGGCCGUGACUCGCAGGAUCCAGAUAUUUUGAUGCGGAAGCAAACGUUUGAGAUGAUGGGGGCUAGCAUCUUUGAAUGCCAGACUACACCUGGAGAUGACGGUCGUAACCACGUCGAUCUUCAGGAUGCUCUGCGUGUGGUGAAACAGCAUGGGAUCAACAGCAUUAUGAUUGAAGGUGGAUCGGCAAUCUUGACAUCGUGUCUUCAGCAAGCUACAACACAACAUUUUAUCGACCUCGUAGUCGUCACCAUUGCCCCCACCUUUAUCGGAGGUCUCCGAGCAGUGAGCAGUUUGCUUCCAUCCAUCACAACGCCUUCAACUUUUCCCCGACUAAAGCAGCCUCGCUUUUUUGUUCUAGAAGAAGACGUGAUAAUUCUCGGACCCCUCGAUCACUAA